UCCUGUCUUGAGCCAGCUAUGUUUAGAUACAAAAUGAAAGGAAAAGCCCCGAUGGAGUGGAUGGUGGCGCAAUGAUCCAAAUGACUCAGAUUUCUGUAGGAACAGACGCUGUUGCGGGACUUAUCCUGUGUAUUUUUUCAACCUUUGACACAUGUCUGACUUUGAGGGAAGCAGGACAGCUAAUCUCCUCUUUGGGAACCUGCUUGUGACUCAUAUAGUAUCCCGGGUCCGUCCUGUCCCUCCGCCAUCCGGACCGCAGGGACCACUUCAUUCUGGGAAACUUGCGCGUCUGGAGCGCAGCUAAAAGUCAUCCAGAGGAACGGACGCUGCCUCUGCCUCGGUGGGACAUGAAAAAAAAAACAUGCGAAACCUAAAUAAGGGUGUCUCAGUCGAUGCCCACAAACUCAAACAAGGAACUCCCUCGAGGCGUCCGGACUGUUUCUCCGCUCAGCGCACACUCAUCCAGCAUCCGUGAUCAUGACUUCGGCUCUGCCCCCCUCCAAGGCUCUCUACAUCGGGAUGGAGGUGGUGAUCGCCGUGUCCUCCGUCAUCGGGAACGUGAUGGUGGUCUGGGCUGUGCGCAUUAACCGCUCUCUGAGAGACACCACGUUUUGUUUCAUCGUCUCCCUGGCCUUGGCUGACAUUGCGGUCGGGGCUCUUGUCAUCCCGCUCGCCAUCACCAUCAGCAUCGGACUACAGACACACUUCUACAGUUGCCUGCUGGUCGCCUGCACAGUGCUCGUCCUUACGCAAAGUUCAAUCCUGGCGCUGCUGGCCAUCGCCAUCGACCGCUAUCUGAGAGUCAAAAUCCCCAUGAGUUACAAGCGGGUGGUGACCCCUCGGCGAGCCGGCACUGCUGUGCUGUUGUGUUGGCUGGUGUCCAUCAUUGUGGGCCUCACGCCCAUGUUGGGCUGGAACAACCUGCAGCGUCUGCAGCACAACGGCUCCCUGGUCACUGAUAACCCUGUGGUGACGUGUGAGUUUGAGACGGUCAUCAGCAUGGACUACAUGGUCUACUUCAACUUCUUCAGCUGGGUGCUGCCUCCUCUGCUGCUCAUGCUGGCCAUCUAUGUGGAGAUUUUCUACAUGAUCCACAAGCAGCUCAACAAGAAGGUGACAGCCAGCCACACUGACCCGAGCCGUUACUUUGGGAAGGAGCUCAAGUUGGCCAAGUCGCUCGCUCUUGUUCUCUUCCUCUUCGCAGUCAGCUGGCUUCCUCUCCACAUCCUCAACUGCAUCACUCUCUUCUGCCCAGAGUGCAACAAGCCGAUGUUCCUCAUUUACAUCGCUAUCAUCCUCACCCACGGCAACUCGGCGGUCAACCCAAUCGUCUACGCUUUCCGCAUCAAGAAAUUCCGCACAGCUUUCCGGAAAAUCUGGAAACAGUAUGUGCUUUGUCAGGAUCCAGUUGGUCGUCUUCCCCAGAGAGGCAGCCAGAGAGGACAGAGUCAUGAGAGGAGGCUCAGGCAGAAUGAAGAUGACGAUGAUGAUGUGUGACCUUUGGCAACUAAUUGGAUUUGCUGUGUAACUGUCAAGUUCUACUACAAUUGCUCACUAAAAGAAGAGGACAUUUUUGCAAUGCUUGAAAGUUUACUGGUCAAAAUGGCCUUAAUGGCAUCAAAGGAAUGAUUCCCUUUAUCCAACAUGCUCUCAGAGGACCGGAUUACAAUUCAGCAUGGAGAUUCUAAAUCAGACUGAUUCAGAUGAGACUGAUCUCUCCAAUGGCUGACAAAACGAUGACGAUGUCAUAUGGGAAAAGGGGCUUCUUAUCAGUUUCAACACCGACCUGUUGGACUUGAAUCAGUACGUGUAUAUUUGUAGCACAUGUGGUACAAUAGUAGUGUCUGCUGUACUUUUCGACCCGAAUUAAAACUCAUUGCCUUUUUUUUCAUGUGAAUGAUCUCAAGUAUUUAUCCUGUUAUGUGCUACAUGAGCAUACUUCUUUUUGUGGCCUUAUGGACAGAAAACUGAGGAACUGAGGCAAACUGCAGCAUUGUGUUUACAGUUGGAAUCUGGUAAAUCCGUGAUGAGAAAACUGGAAAUUUGUGAAACCAUCUUGGUGCGAAGAACCUGGAUAUGGAAUGUAUUCUGGCUGCUUGAAGGAGAAAAUGUACAACUGGAAUCGAGGAUUUCUGGUGAAAUUCUGGUUGACUAACAGCAAAGUUACGGCCUUUACAGAUGUGUUGAGCGUCACCAUAUGUGAAGGCUGUGCUUUUAACAUUACUGAGACCAUUGGACUGACAAAAUAACUAAUACUAGCUAAUACUCGUAGCUGAAAAAAACAGUUAAAUUACUUGAUGCUUCUCAUGAAAUAUUUGUGAAUAUGUACAAUGGACAAAAACCACUGAUCCAGCUAUUGGAACUAUAUAACUGUAGCCACAUCAGUAUUUUUUUUAACGAAGAACUGUGAAUCUAAGGCAUGCUGGAGCUCCUCCAUCUACUAAGAUCCAUUUGAUCUUAUCAUUUUACCCUUACAAUGUGCCUCCACUGCACAUGUAUCGCUGGUUUCUUUGCUUCCAGAUGCUUUUUUUUUUUUUUUAACCUUUUGUAACUUGUAUUCCUGAUUCUUUGCCAGACAGAAUGGCCAGUGUAGCAUCAUCAUCACAUCAUCUCAUUUUUGUUACAAGGCUCACUUAAAGUGUUUGCCUUUAAACGAAAUGAUAUAUGAUAUGCUAAUACUUGUUGAGAUGGGACUGCAGACACCAAUACUAUGUGUAGGAUGCAACUAACAUCUGUGUAAAUGUUCAUGGGAGAUACUGUCUAAAAUUGAUCUCAUAUCUGACAUGUCCUCUUACAGCUGAGUGUAGAGACAGAAUUGCAAUCAAAAAUGUGAAACUUGUCCUUUUUUUGGACAUGGAUCUUCCUCUCUUGAUUUACUUUCGCUACACGCUUCUCUGUAUCGAGGCCAUUGGUGGUGAGAGACCUUUUCUUUUUCUUUUGUGCACAUAUUAGUCAUUGGCUACUGUCAGAGAGCAGCUACACGUGUGAAUACGAGAGGAAGUUAUGAAGGAGUCGAGGGGUGAAGUAACCAGAAGAUGAGGCUGAUGCGGCUCACACACACACGCACGCACGCACGCACGCACGCACGCACGCACGCACGCACGCACGCACGCACGCACGCACGCACGCACGCACGCACACACACACACACACACCACGUGUACUCACUGUAUAUCCGAUGCUGCUGCUCUUGUGAUGGUGUUUCCAUGUGACUGUUUUCUUACUCUGUGCCCAUGUGAAGUGCUUUUAAAGCCACUAUGUGUACAAUUUAAUUCCAAUGGAAUUCAGAGGAUCCAUUAAAAUUUUCUGUCGAGUUAAAUUUUGAAAAACUUGAGCCCUGAGCUUGCAUCAUGGACCUACAUGAGCCGGAGACUGUGAAAUAUAGGAAUCAGUUGUAGCUUAUUAUUUGUGUUCACUUUCAUUUUAAAGCCCAACCAGAUCAAUAGUUUCCUGACUGUCAUGAGAGUCAAAAGUGCAAAUAGAUCUUUUUAAUAAAUUGUGUGAAGGUUUUCUUCUGAAGCUCUUUUUUAAAAAGUGAGAUUGUUAGUUCACUGUUGGAAAACCUGUGAGCUCAAUGAAUAACCAUUUUUGGAAUAAAAUUAUGUGAAAAAGUGAACAAAACACUGUGGGGAAGUAAACACAACAGUCUGGAAGUAAAUGAAAGAAAAUUCAGAAAGUGUUAUCUCUGACAGGACAGUUAUUGAGUUAGUUCACUCCUAAAGGGUAAACCAACCAGCCCUGCAAUCAGUCACCAAACUCCACCUAUUUCAUAUGAACAAACGAGUGCCGUUUUUGUGACCUGACUUAUUAUUUUCUGCUGCUUACUUAUUUUUAAAUUCUAUACAUAGUGGCUUCAAGUUUUAAUCUGUUUACUUACUACUGAACCAGUGUGACCAAUUAAACAUGAUUUGUGCAAUAUUCUCAAAUGUACAUUAACAAUAUCAGAAGAAAAUCUAUAGCAUAGAUAUUGUACAUGUAGAUGCUGUUAAUCAGAAAUCAAGUGUGGGAGGAUUAUGGAUUAUGGUGAACUGUUUUGUUCAUGUCUAACUAUAAAGGAGUAUGUGAAUAAAUGGGUCAAUACAUGAAGGCAAAGGCAGAA